AUGGCGUUCAAGACUUUGUGUCUAGUACUGUGUUUGGCGUUGUACGCGAUGGAAGCACAUGGUUACAGAAACUAUGUAGCAUAUCGCCGAGUCCUAAACUUCUUCCAAGCCGAUCAGGCAUGUCGUCAAAUGGGAGGUCAGCUGGCUGUUAUCGAGUCGGCAGCAGAACUAGCACGGGCAACUGAUGCUAUAAAUGCCGUAAUUGCAUCAGGUAUCUCUUAUUUUUUUAUCGGUGCCAUGGAUUACGGCUACGAAGGACACUUCUUAUGGUUCCCCAUAAAUAAGUAUGCUGUAUACAAUAACUUUGCUUCUGGAGAUAACCUUAACGGUUCCGAAAAUUGUGUAAUGAUGCAUGCUGAAGCGAACUAUAAGUGGUACGACGUACCUUGCGAUUAUGCGGAUGUGAAUGGUUUCGUGUGCUCGUUUGAGAAGUAA